CGCGUAGCGUGCGAGUGACGUGGUCCCGAAAAUGGCAGUGAAUGUGUACUCCACCUCGGUGACGAGCGACAACCUGAGCCGGCAUGACAUGCUCGCGUGGAUCAACGAGUCCCUGCAGCUGAUGCUCACCAAGAUCGAGCAGCUGUGUUCAGGUGCUGCCUACUGUCAGUUCAUGGACAUGCUCUUCCCAGGUUCUGUAGCACUCAAGAAAGUGAAGUUUCAAGCAAAGCUGGAGCAUGAGUACAUCCAAAACUUCAAGAUUCUACAAGCAGGUUUUAAACGAAUGGGUGUUGACAAAAUAAUUCCUGUGGACAAACUAGUGAAAGGAAAAUUUCAGGACAACUUUGAAUUUGUUCAGUGGUUCAAAAAAUUUUUUGAUGCAAACUAUGAUGGGAAGGAGUACGAUCCUGUUGCUGCUCGACAAGGCCAGGAGACAGUAGCACCAAACCUCGUUGCUCCUGUUGUGAACAAACCCAAGAAACCACUCAGUUCUGGCAGUGCAGCUCCACAGAGACCCAUUGUAACGCAGAGAACUGCAGCCACUCCGAAAGGUACCGGAAUGGUGAAAAAGGCUCCCGGGGACGACGAGUCGGCAGGACUGAUUGAGCAGAUCAAUUUAUUGAAAAUCAAUGUUGAAGACUUGGAGAAGGAGAGAGACUUCUACUUUGGCAAACUGAGAAACAUUGAAUUGAUCUGCCAGGAGAAUGAAGGAGAGAAUGACCCAGUGUUGCAGCGGAUUGUGGAAAUUCUUUAUGCCACAGAUGAAGGCUUUGUGAUACCUGACGAAGGAGCACCGCAAGAGGAGCAAGAAGAGUAUUAACAGACCACAUACUGUACCAGCAGAGCAGCAACAUCAGAAUUCUUUGCCCCAGAUCAUGUGCUUAACUGUAAAAUACUCCACUUUAUUCUUAGAGGACUCACUGGUUUCUUUUCAUAAGCAAAAAAGUACCUCUUCUUAAAGUGCACUUUGCAGAAAUUUCACUCUUUACAGUGGGUGUGAGUUAGGAGCUCUUUCUCACUUUGUAGCAGAGCAGUAUUCCCAUAGUUGGUAUAUUUAGGGAGCAAGAGGCUGAAUAUUCGGAAUUUGUUGCAGAAUGGUUUGCUGGUAAAACACUGGUUUGUGGAAAGACUCUUUUUUUUGCAUCUAAGAUGGUGUGUAGUAGAGAAAUUAAAGGCUCUGACUCACAGAAGAUUGAGUUAAUGUGAAAUUGCAGCAGAGAAAUUAUAAUUAAAUGCCUUAAGAGUAUUUAAAAUAUGCUUCCGUAUGCCAAAUUGAAGUAAUGUGACAGGAGAUUUUAUGUGCUUCAUCCUGGGGUAGACACUUGUUUGACUCCAUACACUGCUGUUUGAGAGGCCUUGCAUGGCAGUCUUACUAUGUCAGCAAGUGCUCAAAAGGGGCUGAUAAAUCAAAACUCCAUUCCUAUGUAAAGCUGCUUACUAAGUGAUUAGUUCUCGAUGAAAUAGGCCUUACUGUUGCCUGUCACAAGAUUAGAGGGAGUAUGAACAGCUGAGACACAUAAAUUACCUUGAAGAGCGCUAAAGCCUUUUUUUGCGGCAUUGUGGCUAAUGACUUUGCCAAAAUGUACUGUGUUUUCUGUAAAAGAAAAAAGAAGAAAAACCCAAUGAAACAGCUAGUCUUACUGCCCCAAAAUAUUUUUUCUUCCUGGCUCUUGUUUCCAGUUAUCCUAUUCCUGUUUAUUUUGGUUGGUAAAACCUGCUGGUCUCUCACUGAUUCUUUUCUCUUCCCCAUUCCGAGGAGUGCUGGUCAAAUCACAUGGUUGUAAUGGGAUUUGCACUGGGCACCUAUCUUAGAAUGAAAGCGAAUUGAGCACAUGAGGAUGAAGUUUGCUUUUAUUAUUAUUUUUUAAACCAGGGUUUAUCUAAUAAUACAUGCCAGUUCAGUAAUCUUCUGGGGUCAAAACUAAAAAUGUGCUGGCUAACAGAGCUAAUGUUAUUGCAGAAAAUACAGUACUGAGACUAACUUAAAUAUUAAUAUUUAAAGUACUUUCUUUAACUGUCUCUCUUUUUUUUUUUUCUCCUUGCUAUCAUGCCCCUCAUUACUUUUGUGUUUGGCAAGAUCCUGCAAGACUCCUGACCCCCUUCACUACUGAGAUUGAUCGGUCCUGUUGUGCUUGUAUUCAUUUGUUUCUGGUGGUAGCUUGUCCUGAAAUGUGUGUAGGAGAGCAUUUUAUGGUAAUUGUUGUGUAGUGCAUGAAUCUUUGUGAAAUUCAGAGAAAAACCCAAAUUCAGUGAAUGCCAAAAAAAUGCAAGUAUUUAGCCAUUGUUUAAAAUUGCAGUGGUGCUAUUUCUCUUGUGGCCUUUUAGACUUUUGUUGCCCUGAAAUUCCAUUUUACUGAGGAAACCAUAUUUGACUUGGAUUUUUCUUGACAGGGUUUUUCUAUUUUAAACAGUUUCUAAAUAAAGUUCUGUAUUUCAAGAGUGUCACGUCUGCUGGAGUCUCUUGUGCUUUCAGUUAUGAUCAGGCCAACGCCAAGAGGUUCGUUCUGAAGCUCAUAGGACCUGGAAUAUGGGCUUUCCUUCUCCAGUCCUAGUUAGGUGCAUUGCUAACGUUGAGACUUUCCUUGACUUAGGCUGGGGACAAACUCCCUUGCUCUUCUUUCCCAAGCAGAUGAAAUGUGACUGUGGUGUUGGCUGUUUCCUUGUAAAAGUGUAAGAAUGGGGUUGGAUAACAGGAAAACUGUCGCAUGGCUUUAGGUGGUCAAACGGCUAAAACGGUGGUUAUCAACAGACGUUAGUUGUGGCAUCUGUCACCAGCCUGCCUGAGCAAACUGACUUUACGUUGGUUGCUUUGUCGCAGUUGGAGYCUGUUUUGUGGAGGAGCUCGGACGUUGUUUUCACAGGUGUGUACAGUGAGCAGCUUCUGAGAGUGCUUGUGUGAUGUGUCCAGCCCGGAGGCUGGAGCGCUCCCCGACGGGCUUAGCUCUGGUGCUGCAGAGCCCUGGGUCUUCUACAGAGUAGGCAUUGCUGGCAGUGCCUGCUGCUCCUGCAGCGCUGGACUGCAGGAGCACGUCAGAGAACGGCGGUUUGAUGCACAUAAAAUCUUCUUUCUCAUUACUUGUUUCCCUGAGAUCAAAAGCAUACUAUUUUCAACUCCCUUCUUUCACCAGCUGAAAGCAAAAGAUGGCAACAGUGUGUGACUUGAGGUGACCUGUUGGGUGUUUUGGUGUUCUCAGUGGGUCAGUUGCUCAUUGGAACRUGGUUGCUGCAAAUCCUGCACCCUCAAGCUUGCGUGCGUGGAACUGUGAAGUACCCAAAUCAUGAGAUGGGUCCAUUUUUGUUCUCUGCUCCUAGAAGCAAGCAAACAUGUGGCAAUGCUAAGAGAAGGAUGAGUCAGAAAUAGUGCUGGUGCCCUUGACCACGUGAGACUGUUGACCGCGUGCACCCUUUGGAUGUGCAUUGURGAACUAAACGGAGGCUGCAGUCUUGCAAGUCAAAUGCUGCUGAGGUCUCCAGUUGCUUGCCUGCCUUCUGUACCACCAGCACGAGCCGUAAACAGAACGGACAAACUCAUAUGGUCACCCUGCCUGUCUGCAUUAUAGGUCCCUUGGCAUAAUCUUUUCUAAUGUCCUUUUUGGAAAACAAGCAAGCACAGCGAGCCCCACUGAAACCCACAAAGUUACGUAGCUACUCUGGCACACUGGUACAGUAUAUGYGGCUAAAUGCCGAACGCUCACCUGCUGGAGCAACUCAAAUAGCAUCCAGCCCUCCUUAGGCUCUUAGUUUUGUCAGAUUUUUGAAAAA